UCUGAGCCACAUAAUACGCUUCGGGUAAUAUCGUGUUCUGUCGACAUUUCCCGUGCUAUUCCGUAGCCUCCAUCGUAACCACUCGACUUGUUUCGUAAAUAAUUUCUGGUUCCUGGUUACCACUCAACGGUUAACACGAUAGUGGGAAACCAUUACGUCAUCCGAAUGUUCAAAAUGGCUGCUCGCGACAAACGGGGCAGAUAUUCCAAAACUAUUUUGGGUAGGAAAACGUCCGUAGACGGUAAUUAUUUUGAAAUUGACCACAAUUAUACUGAUACGUUAACGAUGUGUAACGGACAGGAAUGUAAUCGGCCUUACUGUGAGUCUGAUAUCCAUAUUGACCUGCCAAAUAACGUGAAACGCGAUGGUUGGAGAGUUGGAAUGCGUGUACUAGAUCUGGGUUUUUUGUUGGACAAUUUGAAGUGUUGUUCUGUAUGUAGGCUCGGACCAGUGCCUUUAACUAAUAGAAGUGUUGUUGGUGAGCUUAGGAAAGGACUGGGUGGCUUUCUAUACGUCAAGUGUCAGAAUAUAGACUGUGGAGAAGUCAAUCGUGUACCUUACUGCAAAACUCACAGGGUCAAAAAGAGAGGCAUGCCAUGCUUUACAGCGAACACAAAUCUCGGAAUAGCUAUGAUUGACAGUGUUGGUGGUGCAGGAAAAGUGAAUAAUCUGUUGUCAACACUUAAUAUCCAGCCAAUACACAGGAAAAAUCUUAAACACAUUGAAAGGAGGUCAGGCAGUUUCGUCGAAGAUGUUGCUGAAAAUUCAAUAAGAAGUGCAGCAAAGGAUGCAUUUAAGAAAGAAAUGAGUGAUAUUGCUAAUGAAGAAACAGAAGAGGCAGCUAAACAUAUGGAAGGACUUAUAGAUGACCUUGGAGUUUGUCCAAUGCCUGAUGCAUCACCAUCAUUAAAAGAGAGAAUACAACAGACUACUGUGGAUUUUGACUCUCCUGCUUCGGAAACUCCAGCAAAACAUUAUAAAAGAAAAUUCCGUACAAGAAAUGCUAGUGAUGUUGAACUGAAGGCUAAGAAGAAGCUAAUGCCCAAAUUUCCAUGCAAGCGGCGAUAUGGAAUGUCCUGUGCAGUGGAUACUGCAUGGCAGAAACGUGGAUUUGACAGUCAAACAGCCCAUACUUUUUUCAUGAGCAAGUCUCGUUAUGGGAAGAAAAUUGUGAAGGGUAUAGUUAGUCAUAGGCAGUGUUCAACGUGCACAUGGUGGAGACGAAACAGACCAGGGAAGAAAGUCCGAGAACACAGAUGUGUACGUAAUCAUACCGGAAGCGCGAGGCUGAUGGAGAGCACAAGUGGGGAAAAGGGAGUCUUAGAGCUUGCUAAUGAAGGUACACCUGUAGAAUACAUUGAAGGGGAUGGAGAUACAACUCUUCUAGCAAGACUUAAAAAUAAUCAGAACAUUUCAUUGAAGAAAAGAUUUGAUAAAAACCAUAUAAUGAAAAACAUUGGCAAAAGUUUGUAUUCUUUACAGUCUCAAAAAGGUGUGAAAUUAAGUAAAAACACAAUAAUUCAUUUACAGAAAUGCAUUUCAUAUGCUUUGUCAAAAAAUAGUGGUAAUGAGGUUGCUCUUCAAGAAAAUUUAUGUGCUAUAGUUCCACAUAACUUUGGUGACCAUCAGUUGUGCAAAGCCAGCUUUUGUGGACAGUUGAGAACCCCUGAUGAAAAUUUUCUGGUUCUUGUUCUGUGCACAGUUUAUAGACAUAUACCAAUGUCACUUCACAGUCCAAUCUUGGUGAAAACUGUUGCUGGUAUUUCCCCUGGUAAGCAUACUAUAGAUUAUGCUGACAAAUGUCAGAAAAAAAGACAACAUAGUCAAGAAGUGACACAGUUGCCAUCGACAAAAAAAGGCGCCUUAUCUUGAAACAAGAGCGAGCGGUUACCCAGCAGGCACAUGAAACACUAGAAGGAGUCUCAUAUCAAUCUGGCAUUGGUCAUGAUCAAGAGGUGGACAUUGAAAGACUACCUGAUCCUAUUCCACGUGGAGUGUUCAAGCAAGUUAUACCACAUGGACCACCGACCUACAUUGUAGCUGAUCUGGAAACCACUGAUCUAAUAAGGGGAGAUCAAAUUCCGCACAUCACCCAGAUAGCUGCUGUUGAAAUGUCAACUGGUUCUACAUUCAACAAGUAUGUUAUCCCAAAAAUUCCUAUCACAUCAGCUGCAGAGAAUGUUACCAAAAUUAUUAUGGUUAAUGAAAAGGUGAUGGCAGUGGAUGGUGUGACAGUGGAGCCAGUUCCGUUACAUGUAGCAUUGAAAAAAUUUCUUUCAUGGCUUGAAUCGUUUGACAAUAUUUACAUUAUUGCCCAUAAUGGAAGGCGAUUUGACUUUAUAGUAUUGACAGCAGCAUAUAAAGUUUGUGGAUUGCUACCAAAUUUCUUGUCGGCUAUCACAGGGUUAGUAGAUUCAUUACCUGUG